UUUGGGGUUUUGUUGUUGGUGGUGGUGGUGGUUUUUUUGUCACAGUGAGAACAGUGAUGGCAUUUUCAGGGAAUACGCUGCAAACCAGGAGCCAUGGGAUCAUAGUCCUACCUCACGAUGUAUUUCAGUACUUUGGUGAUAGAGUAAUUUCCAGUUGAUAUAAAAAAGUUUAGCAGUUCACCUUAAAACAUAAGGGUCAGGCUGAUCCAGAAGUUCAAAAAGGAAAUAUCCCUGGGCAUGGUGAAAGCUGGCUGGCUGACCGCGACUUCGGAGGGGCUGGCCCAGGCAGCCACUUGGCGCCUGUCCUGGGCCUUGCUGCUGUUUGUGGGAGGCGGCUCAGCUUGCACUGGCAGGAUUGUGCAGGACAAACAGGCUUUGAAGGGCUCCUCCUUUCACCCGUGCUCUGUAGGAAGCAUUGAAAUCCACACCGCGGACAGCAGCCGGGAAGUUUUGUCCUGGGCUCCCUGGCAGUCUACCUGUGCUCACUGGCUUGGCAUUUCCUUUUUACGACUGUACAAUCAGAGAGUGCGUGGGCUGGCCCAGGUCACAGGUUCUACUGUCCUGUGUCUUCUGGGAGUGAGUGAUAAGAGUAAAACACAGUGCCAGCAACUGUCAGGAGUGAAUGAGGCCCCCUUUCUUGCUCUGCCCGGAAAGCCCUUCUUUCCUCUGCCCUCCACCCUCCAGCUUCAUGGACAGAUGGGCUUGGACCCUUUCUGGAGACCUUGCAGCAUGCAGAGGAGCAUAUCUCCAGGAGCAGCGGAUCAUCCUGUUCCCCUCCGCGGACAGGAGGACGUGGCCUGGAGCAUGUGGUGUGCCCUGCGGUGCUCAAGGAGAGCCCUGGCCUGGGCCGCCCCGGGGAGCCGCGCUCCGCUGGCCAGCCCCCUGCUUCUCCAGGUUUAUGCCAGCAAGGAGGUGAUCCUGAGUGGGGGCGCCAUCAACUCUCCACAGCUGCUCCUGCUCUCAGGUGUCGGGAAUGCAGAUGACCUCAAGAAACUGGGCAUCCCCGUGGUGUGCCACCUGCCUGGAGUUGGCCAGAACCUGCAGGACCACCUGGAGGUGUACAUUCAGCAGGCGUGCACCCAGCCCAUCACCCUCCACUCCACCCAGAAGCCCUUGCGGAGGCUCUGCAUCGGUCUGGAGUGGCUCUGGAGAUUCACAGGGGACGGAGCCACUGCCCAUCUGGAAACAGGCGGGUUCAUCCGCAGCCAGCCCGGGGUCCCCCACCCCGACAUCCAGUUCCAUUUCCUGCCUUCCCAGGUGAUUGACCACGGGCGGGUCCCCACGCAGCAGGAAGCUUACCAGGUGCAUGUGGGGACCAUGCGGGGCACGAGUGUGGGCUGGCUCAAACUGAGAAGUGCCAGCCCGGAGGACCACCCUGUGAUCCAGCCCAACUACUUGUCAACAGAAACCGAUAUCAAGGACUUCCGUCAGUGUGUGAAGCUGUCCAGAGAAAUCUUUGCGCAGGACGCACUGGCUCCCUUCCGAGGAAAGGAGCUCCAGCCGGGAAGCCACGUGCAGUCAGACGAGGAGAUAGAUGCCUUUGUGCGGGCAAAAGCCGACAGUGCCUACCACCCCUCGUGCACCUGUAAGAUGGGCCAGCCCUCGGAUCCCACAGCCGUGGUGGACCCAGAGACCCGGGUGCUGGGGGUGGAGAACCUCAGGGUUGUGGACGCCUCCAUCAUGCCCAGCGUGGUCAGCGGCAACCUGAACGCUCCCACCAUCAUGAUCGCAGAGAAGGCAGCUGACAUCAUUAAGGGGCUGCCAGCACUCUGGGACAAGGACGUUCCUGUCUACAAGCCCAAGACGCUGGCCACCCAGCGUUGACACAGCCACUGCCUGAGGGUGAUGGGAGAAGCCUCUGGCCAUCUGGGAAGACUGACUGACAUAGCCCUUGCUCCAAGUGCUUGUUCCUGAACUGGCCAGGACGCUGGGGCCCGAUGGCCCCACUCAGUGGCUGAGAGCAUGUGACUAGUACCAGUGAGGGAGUCAAGUUCUUUUUCCCCAGUGUUUCCCUCUGGGCCCUUUGGGGGAGACGAGCAUUCAGGUCAGGCCCCUCCACCCUGCCUCCCUCAGGGGACAGAGCCGGGGGCUGUAGAGGCAGAGGGCUAACUUACACCGUGUCCUUUCUCAUGUCCACGUGGCCUGCCCCAGCCCAGUAUCCUGCUGCCUUCCUGGGAGUGGUUCUCUGCUGGCUCCCCUAUGAACAGGGGCUCCCUGAGGAGGGGCUGCAAGUUUGAAGUUGAAACCAAGCAUCACACCAGAGUCAGCUCAGCCCUGGCUGGCUCACAUUCCUGGCGUCCCUGGUUGGGGGAAAGCUGCCAGCGAGGGUGAGCCGAGGCUUCCCUUCCUCUGCCAUCCUCACUUAACACCCAGGACACGGGUCCAGGGCGUAGCUGGGUACUGGAGGGGCUCACAGCCCCAACUCUGGUGCUCUGGUUCUCGAGGAAUACAGGCUCAACUGAGGCUUUCUUGACCUUGUUUAAGGAGAGAAGGCCACUUGUGCCUCAUUACCAAAACUUUCACGAUUUAACAUUUCAGAAGAUCUUCCUGUCGCCAGGAAUAACACAAGCCUGGAGAAAGCUCCUCAUAAGAGGGCAUAGCUGCAUCCUGAAGCGGAGAUCCUGAGAGAACCUCUCAGGCCCUGGAAGCGGCCCCACACAGACAGUGCUGGUGGAUUCUUUCUCUACACAUCUGUGGGAAUAGACCGAAAAUGGUGCUGAGACAGCUGAAAAAGCAGUAAAGUACAACUGGGUGAAAGAAGCAACAGAGAAGAUUUGUGUUUUCAGGAGAACAAAA